AUGACAACUACCACUGUUUUUGUAUCAGGUGCUACUGGUUACAUUGCCCAAAAUGUUUGUAAAGUAUUAUUAGAAAAAAGUUACCGAGUAAUCGGUACUGUCAGAUCAACUUCCAAAGGUGAUCAUUUAAAAGACUUAUUCAAUUCCCCUAACUUUGAAUAUGAAAUAGUUGAAGAUGUUGGACAAGAAGGAGCAUUCGAUAAAGCAUUACAAAACCAUCCAGAAGCUACCAUCUUCUUACACACCGCCUCCCCCUUCCAUUUCAGAGCUACCGAUAUCGAAAAGGAAUUAUUAUUACCUGCUGUUGAUGGAACCAAAAAUGCCCUUAAGGCAAUUAAACAAUAUGGAACCAAUAUCACCAAUGUAGUCAUCACAUCUUCUUAUGCCGCUGUCUCCACCGCCAAUGUUGAAAUUGACCCAACUGCAACCGUCACCGAAUCAAGCUGGAAUGAAAUCAAAUGGGAUCAAGCCUUAAAAGAUGUUGUUAGUGGAUAUAGAGGUUCGAAAACAUUUGCAGAACGUGCAGCCUGGGAUUUUGUCGAACAAGAAAAACCAGGAUUUGUGUUAACUUCAGUCAAUCCUUCAUUUGUAUUUGGACCACAAGCUUAUGAUUCAGAAGUUAAAGAUAAUUUAAAUACUUCUUCAGAAAUCAUUAAUAAUAUCUUAAAACUCGGUCCUGAAGGGAAAUUGCCACCUACUAGAGGUGGAUUUGUCGAUGUUCGUGAUGUCGCUAAGGCCCAUAUUGUCGCUUUUGAAAAGAAAGAAGCUCAUGGACAAAGAUUGGUUUUGAAUUCAGGAAGAUUCUCAUCUCAAACAAUUGUUGAUAUUUUGAAUGAUGAAUUUAAAGAAGAAUUGAAGGGGAAGAUCCCAGUCGGAGUUCCAGGAUCUGAUAAAGAAGCUAUUGCUGGAUUAUGUAAAGUCGACACUUCUAAGACUAAUGCAACUUUGGGAUUUGAAUUGAUUCCUAUUAGAAAAACUGUGGUUGAUUCAGUUAGACAAAUCUUGAAUGCCAGAAAACAAAAGCUUUAG